AUGUCUCUCCUAAUGGACUCAACCUCUUCAAGUCUUCUCCUGUCUCCUCCUCCAUUUCACAGCAAAGAUGAAACUGAUGCUCCUGUUCUUUACUCAUCUUUCUUGCAAAAACAAGCCAACAUGCCCACAGAGUUCAUUUGGCCCAUUGGAGACUUAGUUCACAACCAAGAUGAGCUUAAAGAGCCAUUGAUAGACUUGGAUGGAUUCUUGAAAGGUGAUGAGCGAGCAACUGCUGAUGCGGCUGAGCUUGUUAGGACUGCCUGCUUGAACCACGGCUUCUUUCAAGUCAUUAACCAUGGUGUUGAUAUAGGCCUCAUUCAUGCUGCUCACGAAGAGAUUGAUAAAAUUUUUAAGCUGCCUCUUGACAAGAAACUCAGUACUCGUAGGAAGCCAGGCGAUGUGAGUGGAUAUUCUGGUGCCCAUGCACAUCGAUAUUCAUCCAAGUUGCCAUGGAAGGAGACAUUUUCUUUUGGCUACCAUGGGGAUGAUGAUUCUGAGCCACUUGUUGUUGAUUACUUCAAAUCUGUCUUGGGAGAAAACUUUGAACACACAGGGUGGGUUUACCAAAGAUAUUGCGAAGCAAUGAAGAAAGUAUCUCUAGUUAUUUUUGAGCUGCUGGGCAUUAGCUUGGGAGUUGAUCGCUUACACUAUCGGAAAUUCUUUGAAGAUGGAAGCUCAAUAAUGAGGUGCAACAAUUAUCCACCUUGCAAUAAUUCUAGCCUCACUCUUGGCACUGGUCCUCAUUGCGACCCAACUUCCUUAACAAUCCUUCAUCAAGACCAAGUUGGUGGUCUUGAAGUCUUUGCAAACAACAAAUGGCAAGCAAUCCGACCUCGUCCAGAUGCCCUAGUUGUAAACAUUGGUGAUACUUUCACGGCAUUAUCCAAUGGGAGGUACCAGAGCUGCCUUCACAGAGCAGUGGUGAAUAGGGAGAGAGAGAGGAAAUCAUUGGUUUUCUUUGUGAGUCCAAAAGAGGAAAAGGUCGUCAGACCCCCACAAGAUCUUGUUUGCAGAGAAGGGCCGAGGAAGUACCCGGAUUUCACAUGGUCAGAUUUGCUGGAGUUCACGCAAAAACACUACAGAGCUGAUGUCGCUACACUCCAAAGCUUCAUUCAAUGGCUUCUAUCUGCUAAAUCAUAAAGCAUCAACCUUGUAGUUGCUUUGGAUGCUUUUGAUGAUUGGUUGCCUUUAUGUAUCCUGUGUACUAGCUAGGCUAGCUAUGUUCUCUCUAUUUUCUCAGGUUGGUACAAUUUCCACCAGCUUUUGUGUAGCUUUCUGAAUUUUAUUGGAAGAAAGAAUAAAAACUAAGACCUUGCUAGUGUUCUA